AGUUACUGCCAGUCUCUGAGUUGUGAUACACAGGCAUAUUCUGCUGAUUAGAUUCCUUCUUGCUUUGACAUGCUACUUUCAGUGUGCAAGUUUGGGGUGAAACUAUCAACACUCCCUCUACACUGUUCUAGCAUCAGAAAAACUGUGUGUAUUUAUAUGGGCCUAAUAUCUUUGUUUUUGUUAUGAAUGCAAGUUUUCUUGUUUUUUUUCACUGCGGUUUACACGUCUUUUACUAGAAGUGGUCCCUGGUGUGAGCCACAAGUAAGGCAUUACUGUAGCUUUUCAGUUUUAACACUGUCUGUACAAAUGAGUCUUUUAUUUUACUCGAGGAACUGGUUAAACAAACCGGUACUGAACAACAUGCAGGCACUGGUUUCACCAGAUCGGCAGAAUCUUUAGAUCAGCGCGCCAGUCGGAACCGGAAAUGCCAUUGUUUGCGCUGCUUGGAGAAUAAAAAAAACACGAGAAAACAGAAGGAAAGAGAGAGAGAAAGAAAUAAAGAAAGAAAUAAAGAAAGGAAGAGAGAGAAAGAAAGAAAGCGGAUUGUUGUCUCGGUGAAAACCAAAGAAGAAAGAUGGAGUGUGUUGACAUUAAACAGGAGGAGGUUCAGGAAUUGGUAACUAUCUGCAUUAAACAGGAGAUGCCUGAACUGGAUCCUUUCCACAUUAAAGAAGAGGAGACUGAAGUGCAAUCUGUCUACAUUGAAGAAGAGACUGAACUGGAGCCUGUCCACAUUAAAGAAGAAGAGAUUGAACUGCAGAUUGUCCACAUUAAAGAAGAGGAGACUGAACUGCAGAUUGUCCACAUUGAAGAGGAGUCUACUGACUUGUUUAAGGAUUCAGAAAACAAACCCCGGCCAAAGAUAUCACAUCAAUGUACUGAUUGUGGGAAGAGCUUCAGUCAGUUAGGAAGCCUAAAAGCACACCAGCGAGUUCACACUGGAGAGAAGCCAUAUCACUGUACUGAAUGUGGGGAGAGCUUCAGUGUGUCAGGAAGCCUGAAAACACACCAGCGAGUUCACACUGGAGAGAAGCCGUAUCACUGUACUGAAUGUGGGGUGAGUUUCAGUGUGUCAGCAAGCCUAAAAACACACCAGCGAAUUCACACUGGAGAGAAGCCGUAUCACUGUUCUGAAUGCGGGGACAGCUUCAGUCGGUUAGGAAGCCUAAAAAGACACCAAAAAAUUCACACUGGAGAGAAGCCGUAUCACUGUUUUGAAUGCGGGGAGAGUUUUAGUCAGUUAGGAAACCUAAAAACACACCAGCGAAUUCAUACUGGAGAAAAGCCGUAUCACUGUAUUGAAUGCGGGGAGAGUUUUAGUCAGUUAGGAAACCUAAAGACACACCAGCGAAUUCACACUGGAGAGAAGCCGUAUCACUGUUUUGACUGUGGGGAGAGCUUCAGUCGUUUAGGAAGCCUAAACAAACACCAGAAAAAUCACUCUGGAGCCACCUUCCCUCCCUCCCAGUCCCUUACCUCCAACCUGCUUUUUUGAGUACAGUGCUCGCCUGUUAUAACGCGCCUUGUUAUAGUGCAGAAUCGGUUAUAACACAGUAGGGUUGUGCCUCUCAUUUGCUUCAUAAUGCCAUUACAGUAGCCCUUUUAUACUUGUUAUAAGGCAGAACACAAAUAGUACAGUCUUGUAACUGUGGCUCCCCACUAUAGCGUUAUAAAGGGUGAGCACUGUAUGUAGAGGUCUCUCUCUCUCUCUCUGCAAUAAGUGAUGGGGGUCCCCAAGAGUGAGAGCCAGCAUGAAUCCAGAGACACUGAGAAGGGAAGUGUGUCAAACUGAAGGAGACAGACCCAUUCUUUUAGAUCCUUAGACCUAUAUAUUUCUGAACUUUUAAUGUUAGUUUAUUGACUUACUUAUUUGACUGGCUAACCUCUCUUGAUAUUGCAACUGGAAAAUGGAAACAUAAUUACACCACAGAAAUCUAAUAGUGGUGUUAUUAAUGUGCAAGAGUCAACUGGAUGGUGGACUGCAUAUGAAAACAUAAAAUUAUCAGUUCUGCCAUCUACUGGUCACUUUUAUUAACUGUGAUCCAAACAAAAUCCAUUACGUCACACAGUGUUUUUAAUAUUGCUACGUGAAAGAAACAGGUUUUUAUAGAAACCACUGGUACUCCUGUAUUGUGAUGUAGUACAGCUGCAUGUUAUAGACCCAAUUCAUAAUCUGUUUCUAGGAGCUGCAAAACGUGUCAUUUAAAUGUGGAGGGAACAAGGUAUUCUCACAGACAAUUGAUGACUUUGAAGUGCUCAGUGAUUUAGGUAGAAUAAUCAAUACAAUGAAAUCAGGACUUGCUAGCUUUACUGCAGAUCAGUGGACAGACUGGACACUUUUUCCUUUGCUGGAUGUGUGGAGACUCUUUGUGAAAGCAUGUUAUUUGUUAUAUUCAUAUAUUAUAACAAGCAAAAUGCUUGCUGAGGCAGACAUGGAGCUUGUUGCAUUGUUACAGGAGAGGUCUGUAUAUAAAUAAUAAAGCCCUUUCUGAAUUUCACACCUACCCACUGUAAACAGCAAAGGGCACCAGCAACUGCUUGUCAGCGCUGCAUCUGCACUCCAUCUAAAAUCCUUCAUUGGUUUCAAUUUUCCUCGUGACUCGGUUUUCAUAACAAAUCCAUUUUGUGCAUAAAUUAAACACAGCAGCGUUUUUUCUUGUUGCAUCCAAAUCAAUAACCAUGCUUUUAUGUCUAUAAAAAAAAAUGGUUAAACAGCAUAACAGGGAGUUAGCGAUACAUAUGUCAUAGACGGCUCUGUUUACUCUAGAGCCCCUUUGUGGGGACAUUGUAGCAAGAAAUCCAAGGUAGUGUUAAUCAUUUGAAAAUGUGUUUUUCUUUUACUCUGACUGCACUGUUUCAAACUGUGGAACUAAAAAGAUAACUGUAAAGCAGCCUUCCUACAUGUUGUUUCUUUCAUAACACAACCUCAUACUCUCGUAGCAGGACGGACAUGUUCAGAUGCAUUCAUAUACAUGUGUACUACACUUUUUGUUACUCAUCUAAUUUAGUUUAAAAGUAAUAAUUGUGUUACAAGAUGCUAGAACAUGGAUAUUAAGUACACAUAAAAGCUAAUGAUUAAUUAUUUGAUUUACCGCAUAAAUUAGUCCUUGCCUGGUAUGAAUUCGCAGUAAGUUCAAUGUUGAUCAAAACUUUAAUCCUUCAAUUUAGUCUAUGUCCUACACUUGAAAAUUGUUAAUACAACAUUGAUAUUAUAGAGAUUAAAAAAUAAAUUUAAAAAGUGUUGCAACAAAUUAAUAAACAACCACCCGAUCUGAUUGGAAUCAUUUGAUUGAAUGGGACGUUAUGAAGGAAAGUCAUCCCAUAGGAAUGAGCCAGUAGGUACCUUGUAGCCUCCCAUGAGGUACAGUAGGUUGGGAUGAAGCGCUUUAAUGGAAGUCGGAUGUAGUAGCCGCUAGAGGGCGCUAAAAAGCGGUGUUGAAGUAAUAGUAAAAAUAACUUUAAUAGUAAGGUUUAGGGGUUGAGAUUAGGUUAGUGGUAGACUUUAGGGGUAGGGGAUAGAUUUAGGGGUUAGUAGACUAGUUGGUACUGUAACACAGCGGGGAAGGGGUUAAUCCUCCCUACCAAAUAAAAUAAUAACGUGUAUUUGUUUAGUUAUUUGUAUUUAUAUUUGUUAAUUGUUUUAUUAUUAAUUAUCCCCUGCACCUGGCUAUCAUUGUAAAUUAGAGCCAGGUGCAGGGUAUUUAAAGAAAGCAGCUAGUCUGUUCUGGGCUGCUCUGUGAAGAGCCUGACUGUGCGUCCCUAAAAGGAAGGAAAGUAAAAGGUACUGUGCGUACGAUUUUGUGUGUGUGUGUGUUUUUUUUUUUUUUUUUUUUGUAAGGACGGGGAAACAGCUUAUCUGUCCCAUGUUAGACAGGGUGUUCCUGAAGUUUAGUUAGCACUCCAAAGUGGAGCUAGGUUUUUGUUUACAUUUGUUUAUUUUUUGUGUGUGUAUAGAAAUAAAAGAAAAUUAGCGCAACAGCGCUGUAAAAAUUCAA